CUCUUCUAUAAAGAGCGCGUCGCUCUCUACCCAGACCCAGCGAGUACGAAUUGGCCUACCUCUUCUCUCUCUUUCAGCGUGUGUAUGCUGAUCGAGUAUCUUCUUAUCUCUUGUGAGAGAUUUUUUUCACUUUGAGUUCUUACAUGAGGCGAACUGAAACCACCUAACUCACCCACUCACCCACCCACAGCAGGACACAGUACCAUCACCCACAUCCUGAUCCACCCUCUUUCUACGUAUAUAUUCAUUUACUCUUUUCUUCCAAACCCACAAUCCUCACCCACACUCAAACACUUGACACACAGACACGCUCAAACCGUAUGAGCCACAAUGACUCCCUCUCUAACUCAAACUACUCCCGCAACCACCAACACAUCUACGCUCGACGCGUCCGCGGCGGCUCCUCCUCCUGAGGCGGUCACAGUGGAGUCCGAUUUCGUUGUCAUACUGGCCGCCCUGCUAUGCGCCCUCAUAUGCGUCGUGGGGUUAAUCGCGGUGGCCCGCUGCGCCUGGCUCCGCCGCGGCUCCGGAAGCGCCGCGACCCGUUCUCCGGCGCGGGCUCUAGCCAACAAGGGCCUCAAGAAGAAGGUGCUCCAGUCUCUCCCAAAGUUCACCUACGACUCGUCCGAGUCGGACAACGCCAAGAACCCAAAGUUGGGGGCAGCCGCCGAGUGCGCCAUAUGUUUGGGAGAGUUCGCGGAUGGGGACGAGCUCAGGGUGUUGCCGCAGUGCGGUCACGCCUUCCAUGUCUCUUGCAUCGACACGUGGCUCGGUUCCCACUCCUCGUGCCCCUCUUGUCGGCAGAUCCUGGCGGUGUCUAGGUGCCAGAAGUGCGGUCAGUUUCCCCCUGCUCAAACUCCGCCGCAGGCCGAGUCGAGGGCCAGACAAGAUUUCACCGCCAUUACCAUCAAUUCUAACGCUGAUAAUACUCCUACUUUCUUGCCUUAGAACACACUACACUAGUUGGUCAUCGCCAUCAUGUAUAUAGAGACCAAUAAUUCUUCAACCAUGUUUAGAAUUUUUCUUUCUUUUUUCUUUUUUCCUUUUUCAUUUCCUCAAGUUAAUUGCGAGAAAUAUGAGAAGGAUAAUUCCGCAGUAUUUGUUGCUGCCCAAAAUCUGUGUGCUCACUUUUUUGAUUUUCCUUUGGCUUUGAGCAACUGGGUAUUAUUAUGGUGUCUCAUGUCAGGACCAUGCCAAUCUAAAAUGUGCUCCUUUUUGUUUUGUUCU